CCUUUGCGGUGAUAGGAAGUGAAAGCCUCUCCUCGCCCUGCUCUCCUCCGGGUCGGUCUGUAGUCGCGGUGGAAAUGGGCUGAAGCAACACUCGGCUCAUCCACGCCAGACCCUAACGCCACAUACAACUCCAGAAGAGCCCGACUAUUUGGCUGUCCCCUGGUGAUGCCCCCCGGUCCCCUAGCGGCUGUCCCCUGGUGAUGCCCCCCGGUCCCCUAGUGGCUGUCCCCUGGUGAUGCCCCCUGGUCCCCUAGUGGCUGUCCCCUGGUGAUGCCCCCCGGUGCGAGGGAGCUGGGAAGGCCGGCGCCAUGCCGUACGUGGAUCGGUCCAACCGCAUCUGUGGGUUCCUGGACGUCGAGGAGAACGAGGGCAGCGGCCGCUUCUUGCGGCGAUACUUCAUCCUGGACACACAGCAGGGCAGCCUGCUCUGGUACAUGGACAACCCGCAGAAUCUGCCCAUAGGAGCAGAGAAUGUGGGCUCGCUGAAACUCACCUAUAUCUCCAAGGUCAGCGAUGCCACCAAGUUGCGUCCGAAGGCGGAGUUCUGCUUCGUUAUUAAUGCAGGAAUGAGGAAGAUCUACCUGCAGGCCAAUGACCAGCAGGAUCUGGUGGAGUGGAUCAGUGUGCUGAACAAAGCAACCAAGAUCACUGUACCAAAGUCAGGCGAGAGCCACGCCCCCCAGCCCCAGAUCCAGAGCCACGGAGAAACCCCCCAGGACCUGCUGGGUGCCAUGAAGCAGGUGUCGUACAAGACGGAGAUCAUAGGAGGGGUCCCAAUCAUCACCGCCACACAGGAACAAGGGGAGGGGCAUAAUGGGGCGGAGCGAGGAGGGAGGAGGCGGGGCCAGAACCAGCUUCCCUUCUUUUUGUCCAGAGGGGCUCAGGACCAGGCCCUCAUCAAGGCGGGCUUCUGUGUAAAACAGGGAGCAGUGAUGAAGAACUGGAAGAGAAGGUACUUCAUGCUGGACGAGAAUGCCGUCAGCUACUUCAAAUCUGACCUGGACAGGGAGCCGUUGAAGGUGAUACCCCUGAAGGAGGUGCACAAAGUGCAGGAGUGCAAACAGAGUGAUUUGAUGAUGAGGGACAACCUGUUUGAGGUGGUUACCCAAUCACGGACCUUCUACGUACAGUCAGACAGUCCAGAGGACAUGCACAGCUGGAUCAAGGCUAUCUCAGGGGCUAUUGUGGCUCAGAGGGGCCCCGGGCGCUCGGCCGCUACCAUACGUCAGGCAAGGAGGCUGUCCAGCCCUUGUAUUGAGAGGUAUACCACGAUCUACAGUGGGGAAUGCCGCACGACCCCGGACCGGCCCAACCCCCUGAUGCGGAGCCACACCUCCCACAGUGCGCCGCCACCCCAGCGGACGCUGAGCCUGACGCUGGACACAUCCCCCACGGCGCCGGGCCACUUCCUGGGCCUGUUGCCGUGGCGGCUGAGCGGCGUGGGGGCGGGUGCGGCCACGGCGAUGGCCCUGAUGCGGGCCCCGGCGCACUCCCGCCUCUCGCUGCAGGAGACGCGGCGGCGCUCGGGCAAGUGAGCGAGGAGCGGGAGGGGUCGCCGUGGAAACGCCGCAGCAAGGAGCCCGAGUCCACGGCGGGCGCUGGCGAGCGGCUGAAGAACUACAACGCCGAGGAGUCCGACGUUAAGACAAGCCUGGUCUGACGUCGCCCUGACAACCACCACGGGGCCACACACACACACACACACACACACACACACACACACACACACACACACUGUGGGGCACCAUCAGAUAAGUUGUGAUUCUUCGACACACACGUUCAUGCCCAAAGCCAAAUUAAUCCUCCCCUCCUCCUCUGUCGUUGCUCUUAUUUAUGACGUGUGCUGCUGCACCCGUCAGCGCUUCAUCCGCGAAAAAGAAACAAGAAAAAUGUAUACUAAGAAAAGCAGAGGACUACAAAGCAUAUUUCUAUAGCCCAAACGCGGUGGUGCUGCCCUAACUGUGGUGACAAUGGACGUGUCAGAGUAUGAGUCAGUGACCUGGAGGUUGUCUCGGUCUGAUCCAUCCUGAGGAGGGCAGCAGUCUGAAGCAGCAGAUUAGAGGUCGUCUCAGCCUGAUCCACCCAGAGGAGGGCAGAAGCCUGGAGGUCUGAUCCACUCUGAGGUGGGCAGCAGUCUUCACAUCCUGUCGCUGUCUUUUCUAACGUUUCAGCCGAAAUUAAAGAAUGUAGGGCAUAUUUUUAUCGACAAUACACCUACCGUUGAGACGGUAAAAAAUAAAGAAAAGAUGGUUGUCUAGCAACAGCUAGGACAUAGCUUCUAGCAAUAAAGAAAACUGUACAGAUCUUCUUGAAUUGAGUGUAGCCAGUGUCACCUAUGUAGACGUUAAGGUAGGGAGGUUGGUUGAUUGCGCUAACGCCUCCAUUAUAGUGAGGUAGAUCCCUGUAGCCUGUAGACGCUGGGUCUGUUGGUUUAUACCACUCAGUCAGCGAGUAGUCCCUUGGUUAUGGUGGGGUGUGUUUUUAAUCUGUUGUACUUGUAUUCCGGAUUUGUGUUUUUACUCACAAUGUGAAAAAACAAAAGAACAUUUAGGAAAGAAUGUGAGUAUAUUUGUAAGUUACUGCCCUUUAUAGAAACGUGCAUGAGUAUGCACGGUAAAUUCACUCUAUUAUUUCUUUCUCGCUCUCCUGUCUUUUGACGUCGUUCUGUUCUCCCGUUAGCUCUCCGUUUAACACAAGCUGCGUAAAAAGUGCCUGUACUGUUAUUUACAAUUGGACAUUGGGAUCAUAAAAUAAAUUUAACAUUUUUAGCCGUUCCAUAUGUGUGCUCAAUGUUCUUAGAAAAAAAUGUCAAUCUUUUAUUUAUGUUUCAGGCUUGAAAAUAAAUAUAAAUAAAAACGACUUUUUACAA